AUGUCGGAGAAACCAAAGGUGUAUCAAGGAGUCCGGGUGAAGAUCACGGUGAAGGAGCUGCUGCAGCAGAGAAGGGCUCACCAGGCAGCCUCAGGGGCAACUCUGCCCGGAGGAAACAGUGUCCACCUUUCAGAUCCGGUCACACCACCUUCUGCAGUGUAUUUUGAACCUGAAUCAGUUUCUUCCACACCUAAUUAUUUUCAACCACGAGAAUUUUCUAGUUGUGUUUCUUGUGAAGAAAACCCAAGCUUCCUCGACCAGAUCUUGGAUUCCUACCUUCAGACAGAGACUCAUCUGGACCCUUUGCUCAAUUCCACGCAAAGUACUCCACACUGCUUCCCGGACAGCUUCCAGGCUGCCCCUUUCUGCUACAACCAGAGCCUGACCCCGGGGUCACCUUCAGAUUCCACUCUCUCUGGCUCCUUAGACUUCGGUUACUCGCCAGCUCAUCUGCCUUCCUAUACACCGGAGAAUUACAAUUCCGCCCCUUCUCUGGACACCAGAAACUGUGGCUAUCCCUCGGAAGACUACUCCUACCCUCACUUGCCCUCCCACACCCAAUACGACUGCUUCUUCCCAGCCUCAACCUCAGGCUGCUACUGUGUGUCCUGCGAGGCUGAGCACUUGGCCACCAUCAGAGCCUCUGAGUACUUUUCCUGUCCCGGCACAGACUGUGUAACCCUGGAUCCCUCAGCAGCAGCCGGCAGUGAUUUCUACAUGCAGGAAACAAACUGUGACAUCUGCUACAGCUCAUAG